UGCCACUGAAGCAUAUAAGAAGGAUUCUGAGUGGAAAGUUUUUGCGAGCAGCAUUGUGUCAUAUCUCUGCACCAUCGAAAUGCCGUCUCUAGGUUGCGGGACCUGUCGAGCACGCAAAGUGCGCUGUGACCAGGCCUAUCCGGAAUGCAAUCGAUGCACCAAAUCAGGGCGUCACUGCAAGGGUUAUGGUAUGCAGUUGUCUUGGCCCCGUCGGAAUGAUACCCGGCGGGCUAUAGUUGGUCCAAGACCGCGUCUUAAGGGUAGACUGUCGGAGCAUCGAUUGGUGAAUACUACCGUUACAGAUAUUAGGCUGCACGAUGUAGUAUCUGCGUCGGAUAAGACUUAUGGAGUACACAUGCUGGGGUUGCCUGAAGUAUCCUUUGGUUCCCCUGAUGCUAGCCCCCUUGAGGCAUCAGGGCCACUAUCAUUGAUCAAAGGACCUGGAAUGGGACCCAUAACUCGACUGAGUUCAGCCGAUCAGAGCUCCUUCCAGUACUUUAUACAGACAGCCUCACACUCCAUCACGUCUUUUGGCCAUGAUGCUCCAAGGGUCCGGGAACUGUUAAUCCAGAUAGCCCUUUCGGACUUUUCACCUUCAUCGACAGCAGUUCUAAAAUCUGCUCUGGCACUCGCAUCCUUCCAUCGCGCCAACUCACCGCAAAUAACCGCUCAGUAUAAGAUAGCCGCUCUGCGAAAACUAGCAGAGUCAACACAAGGCCGCAUCAGUGUGACCGAUUCAGCCUGCCACAUAGCAGCUGGCAUGAUACUAAGCAUGCUAGAGAUACAGCAAAACUCAAUGAAGUCCAGCCAUUGGCUAUGGUACGCUUGUGGCGCUGCCAAGAUCGUCAAGACAGCUGGGCUAGAUGUGUAUAACCUCGACCACGAUACAGCUGCUCUUGUGGGAUGGGUACACUACUAUAAUACUUUAUCUAGGUUCAGUCUGCGCCACUGGCAGCCACAUGUCACUCUCGAUGCUGAUGAAGCUGCUGACUCAUUUCACCCGGUGGUAUGCGGCAACGGUCAACCAGAAUCUCUCACUGGCGCACCUCAUGAGAUACUGUAUCUCUUGUCAGAAGCAUUCAACGCUGUGACAGUGCCGUCCGACCCGCGUUAUGAAACGAAGGCUCAUAGAAGCCAUCUUGAAAUACUGGAUUGGAAGCUGCGCAACCUCGAGAAGAAAGUACCCGACAGCAACUCUUCUGCUGAUACAAAACAUCCAGCAUUUGAUCUAGUCGUCGAGCUGUACCGUCUAUCCACCCUGAUCUAUCUGAGAAGAGCAUCUGCUGGAAUACUUCCACUGGAUCAAAAGUUCACAACAUGGGUUGGACAGGCGUUUGAGUUGCUUGAAAAACUACCUGCCUGUCAAUGGCCAUUCCCUUUGCUCAUUUUUGGCUGCGAGGCAGAAAGUGAUAGGCAAAGGAUGAUUAUUCUGGAUGUUAUGGAGAGGACGACUAAGAACUUGCAGUAUCGAAAUAUUGCAACUGUUAAAGGUGUUAUACAAACGGUCUGGGUGCAAAAGGACUUGUACGCGGAAGACAUGAAUUAUGUGAGGAAGUUGGGUGUUAUUCUGAGCUCGACUCAUAAGUCGGUACCAGCCUUUAUAUAA